AUGUCAGACCUCGAGAAAAGAACACCAACGAUCGCGAUAGCCACGCGGCCACGGGCGGAGUCCGACGACUCCUCUGCCAACUCUCUCAAGCCGCCUUCGUUGAAGUCGCCAAGGACUGCUCGCUUCGCUGAGGCUACCGCCGUCAACUCUCCCAUCGAACCGAAGAAGACGCCUUUCAGCGAGUCGACCUCGAAGUAUUUUAUGGCGCAGCCUCAGGUAUCGGACGUUGGCUUCGGCUAUGUGAACCGACAUGAGUCCGUCGAGAUGCCCGACACAGACGAGAACCCGUACCCCUCGAUGCCAAAGACACCCAGGAGCCCGCUCAAGAGUGCAUUGAAGACACCCGGCCAUGCACCGAAAGACUUUGGAGCACUGAGGAGUGCAACGUUCCGAGAAGAGGAGAUACUAGACAAGCAUGAGACACAUAACGACAAACGACAAGCACAGGAUCUGAAAGUGAAAACACGAGUGCGGAUGGCCAAGAUGAUGCUAAGAGGUGUAAAUUUCUCAUGCUCUCUGAUCGUCCUGGCGAUGCUUUCGACCACCUUCACAAUCUUCAACGCCACCAAGCACAUACCACCACGAAACAGUCUGCCUCCCUGGGCCCAGAAUCAAAAGACAUGGCCGCAGAUAGUCCUUCUCGUCAUUGCCUGCGUCUCGCUAGCUUUCUCUCUGAUCAUCUUCUACGCCUACUCAAAAGGUGGCCACAAGCGAGCAGAAAAGGCGGCAAUCUACUACACAGCUUUCGCAGUCGCCUUCUUCGUCUUCAGCAUAGUCAUGUGGGGCAUUGGAGCCGGUGUCUUGCAAGGAUCGAAGAACAACGGCAACAAUAAAGAUAUGUGGGGCUGGUCAUGCGUGAAUAAUCAGCGACACCAGCUCUUCCAGAACGACGUGGGCUACGAUCUCAUUUGUCGAUUGCAGAACUGGAGCCUGGUCUGCUGUAUCAUCGAAAUCGUCGUGGAGACGAUCACGAUCGCAGUCUACGGUGUCGUCUUCUACCGCUUCUACUCGAAACGUCAACUACGCAAAUCCAUGGCUACUCGCGACCGCGCACGAAGCGAUCUCUACCUCGCCCAACUGCGCAGCCAAUCCGCCCCGAACACGCCCGGCUUCGCACCCGGGUAUCUCAGCCCCCGGGAUGGCGGCUACAAAGAACCAGUAGACUACUACGGCGCGGGUCCGGACCUCGAAGACGGCGUCCAGUAUGUCGAGCCCACGGCCAACCAGAGCUCCCCGACGAAACCUUUCAAGCUACAAGCACCGCCCAUCAGGAUACAAGGUGCGACACCACGGAUGGAACAGACUGGUUUCGCAGCUGUAGCAACCGGCGGGCGAGAUCCAACGAUUACGCCACCGGUGGAGACCGAUCAACGAUCACCGCUCAUGAGUGAGAUUCCUCGACAGCUACAGCAGGAGCACUUUUCUGCGGCACCUGGCGAGCAGGUCUAUGAUAACGUGCCGAUUCCCGGGGCGUACGAGGCGCCUAUGAGUCCCGGCUUUGGCCCUCAACAUUGA